GGUCCACCCAUCUGUAUGAAAUGUACUUCCUUCUUCACCAUUGUCAAAUAAUGGAUAAAUUUCCUCUAGGAUCGAUCCUAUUUUGUCUUUACUUACCUAUUCAAGUGUUAGCUGUCGACGAGUAUACCAAGUGUUCUAAUGCAUCAGUUUCUGAGAACCUUCCAGUGGCAACGUUCUGUACCAACAGCGAAGCAGAAGGGGAGCGUAUAGUUUUAGAUGGAUACUUUGCUAAUACUAUCCCAGACAAGGUUUGUUCAUGUGUAGCACAGAGAGGUCAAGCACAGAAAAUUGUAUUCUCGAAUGUCAACUUCCUUCAAUCAUCUAUUCAGAGUGGAGGCUGGUGUGGAAGUAAGAUUAUCGCCAAACAAGACAACGGGCAGAGUAACCAUAUGUCGUGUAGAGUAGUAGGAUCAUUGGAUCUCCAGGAUAAUAAUCAUAUACAGAUAAGCCUACGAAAGGAAUCAGCACCCGAAGAUACCAGAUAUUGUGCACUGGUAUAUUUUGACACCGACGAACCAAUAAAAAUAUCCUGCUUUUCAAAUUAUGUAGCAACAACUUCAGGGUAUGAAACAAGUAUAUCAACGACAAACCCCCCAACAAUGAUAUCAAGUUAUUCAGCAGAGACUACAACUGUAGAUAUGUUAAAGGAGACCAGUUCAACGUUGACAUCGCAGCAUGUUACUGUUACAAAUAGUAUACUUAUGGAUACAAUUACCCCUCCAGUUUCAACAUCACAUAUGGAUCUACACACAUCUACUAAAAAACUUUUAACAGAAAAUGCGACAGUUGUUAUUGAAACCACUGAAACAAACGUAUCUGUUGACACCUCAACUAAAGAAUCAACUACACAAACAGAUGUCCACAGUGAUACUACACCUUCCACCGUCAGGAUGACAACCAAAAUAAAAACCACAGUUUCUCCUGAACCAACCACUACCAUAGUCAAUGAGCAAACAGUUGAUGACAAGAACAUGUAUAUUGGUAUAGGAGUAGGCUGUGGAGCUCUUGUCAUCUUUACUAUAAUUCUUAUUGGAGCAAAAAUUUGGAAAAAACAUUUAACAAGUAAAGGCAUAGAACUAAAAUCAUACUUACAUGGUGAAGAUAAUGAAUAUACCACAGUUAAUGUUACCCAUACCUCUGCCAAUAUUCAAAGGAAUGGAAUUAACUAUACAAACGGGACUCAUGAUACAUCUUCAAAACACAAACCUGAAUUCACUGAAAGGGACGAAUACAAAUCAUCUGCAGCUAAACAUACGGAUGUUCCCAGAAUUAAACCUGUUGAAAAUUUAUAUGCCGUCGUUGACAAAUCAAAAAAGAAACAAUUAACGGACAGUGUUAUUGGUGGUGUGAAGGAUCAUACUGCUGCAGAGAAGACCCUUAAAACUUCACAAAAACCAGAGACAAUAGCACCUGAUACAGCAAACAAUGGAUUACAAUAUGCUGAACUAGAAUUCAGUCAUCAACCUUCAAAUAACAUUACAGACAAACCAAAUAUUACCAGUAUAGAUUCGGUUGAUUACGCCGAGGUUAUGUUUAAAAAGUAAAAUUUGAGUUUAGGAAAAUAACAUUUAAAUUCGAAGUACAGUUUUCCUGAUGACCAAUCAUAACCAUCGACAUAUACUUUUUCAACGUCGAAUAAAGGAAAAUGGAUCAAUUCGAGUUGGGAUCACUCAGUGCACUUUGCAAUGGAAAAAAGAGUCUGAAACAUUUUUAAAGACCAUAUGUAAGAGCAGUAUCAGUUUCAAUUAUAAUAUUGAACUGUGUGCAUAUUUUAAAUAUGUAUCAAAUGUAAAUAAUAUACUUAUUAAUAAAUAUAUAUGUACAAAUGUAACUAGCAAAUACGUAUAUUUGCUUUAUAUCAUUUGACAUAUCUUGACAUAUUCUCUGUAAUCGCCUAAAUACUUUUGCUCAUAUCGUAAAAAACAUUGAAAAAAUUAAGUUGCUUUUCUUUUAAAAAAAGAAAUGCAAUCGUGAACCUAAAUGCCUGCUUAGUAUGAUAGUAAUGUAUGGUUUUAACUCAUUUUUUUUGUAUAAGAUUUAGAAACUAACAUGGAUUGUUAAUGUAACUGCUGUUCAUUGUGGAGCAAAAUAUUCUUGUGAAGGAAUCAUUUCUCUUCCUCCACUCUCUCUCCCGAAAGAUAACAUUACAACAUGCUAAAUAGGAGCCCCCGACUUGAUGUUGCAUUCUGAGGUGUUGUUUUUGAAAUAACAGUUAUAUGUGUUUUCUAGCUUAAGUCGAAAUGCAAACGUGAAGAAAUUUAAUGACAAUAUUCAUGAUUAUUUGUUUUUGUAGCAGUUUGGAAAUAGUUCAAAAUUCUCAGCUGUAUUCUUAUUUGAUAAUCCCGAACUAAAACCGUUUUUGAAAACCAACCCAACUGGUUUAUAUUGUUUGGUCAUCAUAUUCAAGAUAUGUGUGAUCUCAAUUUAUUUAUACCACAGACAACAAAGCUUUUGGAGUGAAACAGUUUAAAACCUCAACUUAAUACUUGUUCAAAAAAAUAUCUCUCUCUAGCUUGUCCUCUUGUAAAUUUGUCAAAAUAAAAUGAAGUUGUUGA